AUGGGCAAGAAGAAGACGCUGGACAAGUCGCAGCGGCAGGCGGGCAAGAAGCUUAAGCAGAGCGCCAAGAGCGCCAAGAAGGACCGCAAAGCGCUGGACCAGACAGAAGACGACAUUGAGGUGCUGCUCCAAGAGUUUUGCAGGAAAGACGCGGCGCGCACGCACGUGACAAUCGACGCCGCGCCGCCGCCUUCGCCCCGUGCGAAUUUCACGCUCUCGACGCUGCCGUCGGGCGAGAUGCUGCUGUUUGGCGGCGAGUAUUUCGAUGGAGACGUGAACGUGUGCUUUAAUGAUGUGUUCAAGUGGAACCUGGACGUGCAUGAGGUGGUCGGAGACGAGGUUCAAGGCGGAGAUGAGUUAAUUGCUUGUUCUGGGGGUCAAAUGCGAGCCAAACAAGCACAUGGUCCGGCGUGGAAACUCAUUUGCUCGAUGCAUACACCCCCUCCUCGAUGCAGUCACCAAGCUGCGGUGUUCAGAGACCAUGUCUACGUGUUUGGAGGCGAGUUUGCGACGGCCGAGCAGUUUCAUCACUAUCGUGAUUUGUGGCGACUGAAUUUGAAAACUAAUGCCUGGGAAGAAGUGCAAGUGAAAGGUGGACCGUCGCCGCGGAGUGGCCAUCGCAUGGUGGUGUGGAGGAACUACCUCGUGGUCUUUGGCGGCUUUUACGAGGCGGCGCGAGAGACCAAGUGGUUCAACGAUGUGUAUUUGUUCAAUUUAGCGUCGAUGCAGUGGCAAAAGGUUACGUAUCCGCCACAUCGACAGGUACCUGCGGAGCGCAGUGGCUGUCAGAUGGCAGUGCAUCCGUCGAAAGAUCUGCUGUUUAUGUAUGGAGGAUACGCCAAGGUGAAGAUUGUGGGUGAAAAAGCGGAAGGCAAAGUGUACUCUGAUCUGUGGGCGCUGAAUCUAGCUCCGGUGCUUAAGCACCAGGCACCUACGUGGGAGAAAUUGUCACGUAAAGGCCAGGCACCGAGCCCACGAAGUGGAGCAGCUGCAACGGUGCACAAACAGCGCUUUAUUCUGUUUGGAGGCGUGUUUGAUGAAGAAAAGCGUCGUCACACGAUGCAGUCUACGUUUUACAAUGACCUGUUUGUGUACGACAUGGAUCGUCGGCGUUGGUUUGAGUUCAAGGUUCGAGGCAAGAAGUCUACGGACGGCAAGCACCGACGCAAGAAAAAGCCCGGAGCGCUCGACGAUGCAACGGCCGGCGACAGUGAUGAGGCUGAUGGGGAUGACGAAGAAGAUGAUGAUGACGAGGACGUGGAGGAUUUUGACGCGAUUACGGAGAAGCAGUUUGGAUACGUCAAUGAUGAGGGCAACAUCGUGUACGUUGACGACGUCGAGGAGGAGGAGGAGAGUAAGGACGGUGUCGAGGAAGGAGACAGCGAUGGCCCACCACUAGAAACACGUGCUGCCAAGCAAAAAAUCGAUGCGAAGCUUGAGGGAGAAGAGGAAACAAAAGAGGAGGAGGAAGACGACUCAGUUGUUCCUGUUGACGAGGUACUGCCCGAGACAGUAGAGGAGAAAGGUCCGGUAGCUCCUGCGCCUUGUCCGCGCAUCAAUCCUGCUUUGAUGAUUCGCGGAAACACGCUCUACGUAUAUGGAGGUGUUGUAGAGGAUGGCGACCGCGAGAUAACGCUUGAUGAUUGCUGGUCGCUGGACCUAAAACGUCUUGAUGAAUGGAAGCAGGUGCUGCCUGGUACGAUGUCUCACCAAGUGUGGAAGGGUGAAAUGAGUGAGACAGAGGAGUCCUCGGACGGUGACGAUGACGACGACGAUGACUCCGAUAAUGAUGAUGAGGACGAGGAGGACGAUCACGAGGAAGACAGUGUUGGUCGCAUGAAGGCACGGGAAGAGAAGGGGUUGGCGAAAGCUGUGAAACGAGCCAUGGUUGUGCUUGGCAAGAAAGAAGGGGAGGACGUUGAUGCAGCAGUUGAGAGGGAAAAGAAAGACAAGAAGAAAAAGGUCAAAGUGAAAAAGGAGAGCCAUCGCAAAACGAUUCGCGCGGAGAUGGAGAAACUACAGGAGCAAUUGGGACUCGGCGACAUUGACCGCACGCCCCAAAUGGGCGAAAACUUACGUGAUUUCUUUGCACGUACUGAUGCGACAUGGGCAAGAGAGGUGAUGAAGCGCCCCAGCACUGUGGAACAUGAGCUCAGCAUUAAGGAAAUCAAGCGGGAAGGUUUUUUGUUAGCUGAGGCACGUUACAUGGAGCUGCUACCAGUACUGGAGCGCUUGAACGUGUUGGAGUUAGAGCAGAAAGAAGCCGAGGAGUUGCACGCGUUGACGAAGAAGGGAGGGAAGGAAAAGAGUCGACGCUGA